UCCCGCUUCUGCUGCCAGUUCAAGCCCGGGCGGCUGGACCAGAGUGGCUGCUCCAACUACGACACUCCCAAUUGGGUCAACACGGGCCAGCCGCCUGCCCGGGUGGACGAGACCCCCGAGGACCCCACUCGCGACAAGACCAACAUGAUCGUCUACAUCAUCUGCGGCGUGGUGGCCAUCAUGGUGCUGGUGGGCAUCUUCACCAAGCUGGGCCUGGAGAAGGCACAGGGUCCCCAGACGGAGAUGACCGUCUCCAGGACGCUGACGGACCUGCUGAAGCAGCCGGGCCAUGGCCCCUCCGAGCAUGUGGACGGCCUUAUGGGGGGUGUGCAGGUCCCGCUGGGUGAGGGGCUGGCCCGGGGGCCCCCCAGGAAUGGCACAGCACCCAAGAACAAGUGA